AUGAAGCUGUUUGAAGUAGGAGGGUCACCAGCUAGCACACGCUAUCUUUUCUUGGGCGACUACGUCGACAGAGGAUAUUUCAGUAUCGAAGUAAGUGUUUCACCUGUUCUAAGAACAUUAAGUUAAAGAAGGAAGUGGUUGAUGCUUUUGCAUUUGUACAUCUGAAACUACUGUUGGUUGGUCUCUAAAAAUAUUCUAAUUCAUUACCAAUCUCUUUGUUAUUCCCUUCCAGUGUGUGCUGUACUUGUGGGCCUUAAAGAUCCUAUAUCCCAAAACACUAUUUUUGCUUCGUGGGAACCACGAAUGUAGACAUUUAACAGAAUAUUUCACAUUUAAGCAGGAAUGUAAGUAUGGUUUGAGUUUUUCUUUCAAAAGCAUUUUACAUUCAACCCAACACACAGAAUAGUGCUUAUUGGCAUAGCUCUCUCCUUGAUAUGUAUUUACAUAUCUCAGACUCUGAGCCCGAAUACAACAGCAAUAGUUCUAACUAAAAUACCAAGGGCAGAGUGAAAUUAUGCUGGAGUUUUUCAUGUCCUUUGGAGGUUUUCUGACACAUUUUAAAGACUUUCCAACCCAUGAACACUGCCCUAGUGUGUAAAAACUAGGGGUGUUUGGCUUGGCAACACUCAGUCCCUGCCCUAUUUCCACCCUAACAGGUAGAAUUAAGUAUUCGGAGCGGGUGUACGAUGCGUGUAUGGACGCCUUCGACUGCCUUCCCCUGGCCGCCCUUAUGAACCAGCAGUUCCUGUGUGUACACGGAGGACUGUCCCCAGAAAUCACAAACCUUGACGACAUCAGGAAAGUACGUGUCCACCCAAACAACGUUCCCUGCAUGACAAUGCCAUAUGCUUGUAAUUUGAGCUGACGUUGGUACAUUUUGGUACAUUUGACAUAAUCGCUACACUAUCAUUCAGAAUUAUCUCCUAUUUUACUGUUGAUAAUGUAUUCAAUUCAUGGAUACAUUGGAUAUUGAUAUUGUACUGUUUCUGUGCUGUAUGAAUAUAUUACAUGUAUGGUUUUAACGAGUCAUGUCCAGGUUUCAUUAAAAGUGUAAUGGGUGUUCAGUAUAAGUAGGAUAAUCAAUUUUCUCUUGUAACAAACAUUCAGGUGGAUUUUAUUCUAAUAGAAUGUAUCAUGUGAAAGGUACUUAAAUUAUGAUACAGAUAAGUUUACACAGAGUGUCACGUUCGUUCAUGAACAGGACGGACCAAGGCGCAGCGUGAUAUGCGUACAUGUUUAUUAAAUAUUAAACAAAACGAAACGAAACGUGAAGUCCAAGGCAGCGCAACACAACAUACCUUAACACGGAACAAGAUCCCACAACCCACUAGUGCCAAUAGGCUACCUAAGUAUGGUCCCCAAUCAGAGACAACGAGCGACAGCUGCCUCUGAUUGGGAACCACACCGGCCAACAUAGAUCUAGACGAUCUAGAUCUAAACCUAGAAAAUACAACAUAGAACAUACCACACAGAAAAUACACACCCUGACUCAACAAAUACGAGUCCCCAGAGUCAGGGCGUGACACCGAGCUUUGUGCAAACCAUUUCAUUUCUCCUUUUUACUGUUGAAGAAAAUUAAGACUUUACAAUUUCCCUUAAGAUAUUUCCUUUGGAAAUAUUGACCUUGAUAUUACAACAUGGACUACCUCUCUCUCAAUUCGAUCUCAAACGAUGCCCCAAGCUAACAGGAUAGUUACAUUCGGGCAGAGUCUGUACCUCUCUGAUUAAAAAUGUUGAAGAGUCGGAUCCUGCCUUCUCUCAAAUUCAAUAACGACAAUUGGAUUUUGUGGCUGCAAUCAGAGGGUCUCUGUAAUCCAAUCUGCACUAUUGAAGUGUCCAUUAUGCUACAGUCUAUACUUUCUCUGGAGAAAUCGAUAUGGUUUCUCUGAAUGACUGUCAUUAGCUUUUGGCUGAUCACAUCAAUUAGUACUUUUUCAUCCCAUUUCUGAUGAGGAAGUAUUAGUAUGGUCAAGAUUGAAAAUACCUAUUCAUGUUUCCUACUCAUAAUAGGCACAAAUUGUCAUCCAGUCCACAUGUUGUGGGUCUCUUUCAUUCAAACAUGAUGUACUGUUGUAAGACAGAGACCCUACCAACAGUUUUGAUUUUAUCCACAGUUCAAUGUAGCAAGACUAAUUGUCAAAUCAAGAUCCGUCUCAAGUCCUUUACAAUGACAAAAACAAACCCUUUUCCAUAGGUAUCACUUCACCAACACCAACCCAUUGAGGAAGCUAAACUGACUGAGUUUCCUCAUAGAUUAGACAUUUCCCUGACUGCUUGACAUUGUCUUUCCCUGUCUAUCCUAACUCUGUGUACCUCUCUCUUUGCAGCUAGACAGAUUCAAAGAGCCCCCUGCGUACGGGCCCAUGUGUGACCUGCUGUGGUCGGACCCCCUGGAAGACUUUGGGAAUGAGAAGAGCCAAGAGCACUUCACACACAACACAGUGAGAGGCUGCUCCUACUUCUACAGGUGGGCCAUCAACAGCAUCACCUCCUUCACAAGCUGCGUAGUGUGAAAAAUGCUGUGAAUGUAUUCAUUUAUUCAUGUGCACUUUACAGUGCACAUUAUUAAGGUUGCACUAUGUAGAAAUCGCUCCACCAUUUCCUGGUUGCUAGAAUUCUAGUAGUUCGCCUAAUUUCAGUUUAUGUGACAAAACAAGCAACUAUAGUGUAGAGAAUCAUUGUACCAUCUGAAACGCUGUGAAAUAUAUUUUCCAUAACCAAAAAUAUUGUAUUUUCAGCUGUUUGAAGCUGGUGUAUAAAACCGAAAGUAAAAGUCGCAAAAACGAAAGUUAAGACCGGGAAGCAUAGAAAUAGCACAUAUAGAACAGAUCUACUGCUUCUUAAACUUGCUUUCAAUGCGAAUGACAGAUCUAUGUGAAUUUGUUCAGGCCGCCCAAAAAGUUACAUAUUGCAACUUUAAGAAUGUUGUUUUCACGUCAGUGUAGAAAUGCUGGUGGAAGUGUGUGUGUGUGUGUUUAGCCAUAUCCUGCUUUGUUACUAUUUACAUUUACAUUUACAUUUAAGUCAUUUAGCAGACACUCUUAUCCAGAGUGACUUGGAUGUAUCAUACAAUGGACUUGACAUUGAUCUUAGUGCAACACCUCUGGGCUCUACAGUAAUAUAACCAUCCAAAUAGAACAGAAUACUGGUAUCAUUGAAGCAUCACUGAACCUUCCUUUGCCAAAUCCUUCCAAUCCAAGUUAUUCUGCCAAAUGUUCAUUUUCAUUCAGUCCCCUUCCAACCCCCUCAGUCUUUUUUCUAUUGUCUGUAUGUACAAAUACACACUUUGUGUGGAUAUGACAGUAACCGUAUAACCUGCAUUUGUCAUCAUCCCAGAGAAACUGGCUUCUCUCUUAUUACUCUGUCGCAAGUGUUUAUGUAACACACAUAUUAACUCCCCUUAAAUAGACCCCAGUCGCAGGCAAAGCAAACAAAGGAAAUGCUGGAAGCACGGAGUGAGCUCACUCUGUCCUGAAUGUAAUGAACAGGGCCACAGUCUUCUCCAAAUGUGUAUUUUAGUGCUCUAGUGUCCAGUCAUUACAGGUGGAUAAACGCUCUUUGGCCCUGGCAUUCUAGUGGCAAAGCCAGCCUGAAGCAGCCCAAGCAAUCAAAUGUUGUGUCUCUUUGGGUAUGCUACACACUGAGUUGCUGAAAUGUUUUUUUGAACAUUCUUUAUUAUUGCAUUAUAUUUUGUAUCAUGGUCAAAGGGAAUUUGCACAUUUUUAAAGGUCCUGUGUUCAUUUCACACUUAUGCUAAACUAAGUGACUAGAGUUAGCGAGUCCAAAGAAAGCCUCAAAGGUGCAUGAGUGCAUUCUAACACCCAAAGAGCACUAUCCAGAAUAGACCUUGAGCUUUUGGACGGACAUUUUCCAGUUUGUAUAUUGAUAUCAUUUGAAAAGAGACUGCAUAUCAUCUUUGGUAGAGACUUUACCCAUAAUACAGGCCUAUUUUAAAGUCCUCCUAUUUGAGGAGUAUACCAGCACAAUAUUUGCUCUUUGGACCCCAGGAAGACUUGUGGUCUCUAAGGUGUCAGAGAAAGGUGAUUCAAUAAAGAAUAAAGAAUGUACACUGGGUGUACAAAACAUUUGACUGACUGACCAGGUGAAUCCAGGUGAAAUAUAUAAUCCCUUAUUGAUAUCACUUGUUAAAUCCACUUCAAUCAGUGUAGAUGUAGGGGAGGAGACAGGUUAAAGAAGGAUUUUUAAGUCUUGAGACGAUUGAGACAUGGAUUGUGGAUGUGUGCCAUUCAGAGGGUGAAUGGGCAAGACAAGAGAUUUAAGUGCCUUUAAACGGGGUAUGGUAGUAGGUGCCAGGCGCACCGGUUUGUGUCAAGAACUACAACGCUGCUGGGUUUUUCAUGGUCAACAGUUUCCCGUGUGUAUCAGGAAUGGUCCACCACCUGAAGGACAUCCAGCCAACUUGACACAACUGUGGGAAGCAUUGGAGUCAACAUGGAACGCUUUCGACACCUUGUAGAGUUCAUGCCCCGACAAAUUGAGGCUGUUCUGAGGGCAUUCAAAAUGUUAUUUAGGUCAGGGCUGUUGAGUCAGCUGUACUUAGAUUUGUAGAUGAACCAUUUUGCUGUAAAUGGUCUCGCUUGACUAUCUGCUAGACAACACAUGCCCUCUCAGGGAGAGAAAUGUCACCCCUGUCACUUGAGAGAGGGUAAGAGAGCCGUGUUUACGCUCUCAGGUUCUGCCAGUGAUAUUUCUAUGGUAUGCCCCUACCAUCGCAGAGAUAUCUCUGAUAUCUGAGUGACAGGGAUCAAGUAUACUACGUCGAGUAGUAUCGACUAUCGACAGAGAGACAGUGAUUUGACGGUGAUAGGCCCUGUUCGAAUACCCUUAAUGUAUCUUUCGUUCCUCUCUUCCUUGAAGUAAUCACUAAUCAGACAUUGCUAGAUUGGUUUUAGCAAACUUGCCAUUGCUUUCAACAGUUAUGGCAUGUCAGAUCAGUGAUUACUUCAGGGAAGCGAGGAAUAAAGGAUGCAUUUUAAGAGUAUAUGAACAGAGCCCUAGUCAAUUGCUGUUGUAGUAUAAACAGCAUUUCAAACAGGAUGGUACAGUAAAACUCUGUUCUAGGUUAGCUGUUUCCUCCUGAACCUCUAUCCCAACAGCCCCCUGUGUCUUCUUGGCUUGGCUUACAUUCCUCUGUGGCCUUUGGGCUACAUUCCAAGUGGCACUCUAUUCCCUACAUAGUGCACUACUUUUGGUCAGGAGUAGUGCACUGUGUAGGGAAUAGAGUGCCAUUUUGGACAUAGCCUUGUUGUUUUUCCCUGUGUCGUCGGUUGGAUCUGCCUGCAGGGCUCAUUAUAAUUGGCAGCAUACUGGCAUGCUGUGUUUAUGGGCCAGCUUCAAGCUCCAGACUGAAAUGAGAACAAUUCACCAAUCUGAGAGAAAAGACUCCGUUUGGUGCCUUUUCCUGGCUUCUGGGAACUGUGUCUUACCCCAGCACCAUAGGCCCCCUCAUAACUGUUUUACAGACUACUGAAGCAUGAAAUUGCACAUGAAUACAGGUCCCAUCUUUUCAAGCCUAGCAGACACUGUGCUGUGUGGUCAACUGUUUUUGAGUAGCCUAAACAGGGAAUUUCAUGGUAUUUUAGAUGCUUUAUGAAAAUAGCCCUGGAAUGGAUUUUGGCUGUUGAAAUGAUGCACAGAGAAUGCUGUCAGAUUUGAAGUAGACGGGAUGUGCAUUUGUUUGUUUAUUGUCAGGGACAAACUGUUGGAUGGAUCUCAUCUGUGCUCCAUCCCAGAACAGAUGGCAAAUGCUUUCAGCACAAAAUGUAUUUAGUCUUCUGAGCAAUACCUACAGUAACAACAGCAUCUGCUGAACAGUGACAGGUGCAUGAAAAUAAAUAAAUAAUAAUAAUAAUGAUUUAAGAUGGAUAUUAGAUACUUUUGAUUUUCCUCGAAGCAAUGCUAUUACACCAUAAAGAAACCACAAACACUUUGGUUAUGUUCGUCUGUCAGUUGUACCUAGACCUAUUUCUAGCUGUAAGUCCACCUUGAGUGACAAAGCAAAGCAAGCCCCGCAGCUGAGAAGCCUGAAGUGUAAAUGUGCCCCUCAAAGCAGAUCCUCUUACCUGUCUAACAAGGAAAUGCAAAUUGAGACAUAUUUGUUUACUUUUAGUCAAGUGAGAGGAUACUGUACCUGUUCUCUUGUCUACUUUCUAUUCUGGAUAUUAACUGGAGGAGGAGAACAAUGGAUGUUACGAGUUGGUCCCGAAGUGCAAGGCCAUCUACCUAUCGCACAAAGCAGUGAGCUACCCUUUAGCUCCAAAAGCUUUCACCAAUGGAGACCCACAUUGAUUAAAGAGCACAACCAUUGUUAGAUUAAUUAGCAAUAUCCAGAAACAAACACUUGAGUUUAGCCUUCAGCCCUGCACUUAAUUAUCAAACUCCCACAUGCGUCACAUUAUUUCCAAAUGACAGCUGAAGUGUCGUUUUGACAAUGUGAAAAUGGUUGCUUGUUGUGACCUAGAAUUAAAUAAACAUGAGUAGGUUCCACAGUGAGUUUGGUUCUUUGAACAAUUUGUACACAGUCUGAGGAUAUUGCAUAUUUAACCUUGGAUGUCCUUUCAUGUUUUAUCAGGUUCAUUGAAUAGCCUUCUAAAGUUGUUGUGGUCAGGAGUUAUGAAAGGAUUUUGACCUAUUGUGUUUCCCCAAGGUCUGUAAGUUCAUGUGCACUCACUUACUAAAUGCUCCUUCUCCAGGAGUUGAUUUAGGAAUGUUUUCAACGUAACUGGCUUUAAGGGGUUUGUUGGCUGGUUGGCUAGUGGGACUUGGGCCUACCUCACUGAGUGCAAAAUAACAUUUUGGGUUCUUUGGGAAUGAAAGGUUAUGGCAUGGAAAAUCCAGAAACUUUACUAAACUAUAAUUGCUGGCAGUUUAUUUUGGCCACCUCAAUCUCAGACUGAUCAGAGCCGCAUGAGUAUGCAAAAGCUACACGCGCACACACACACUGAAUACUUAUAGAAACCACAAGGCUGGAUCCUUUGUUUGCCCUUUCCGAUGGUUACAUGAUGAAGAUACCUGCUAUUAAAAUACAUUUGAAUGAAUAUCUGUUUUAAGUGUCAACCCACUGGGCACACACUGGUUGAAUCAACGUUGUUUCCACAUCAUUUUAAUGACAUUACGUUGAACCAACGUGGAAUAGAAGUUGAUUUGAUGUCUGUGCCCAGUGGGAAAGAAAUCUAACCACUGCCUUUUGAUCAAAUUAGACCCGUUAAUCAAGCAUGUGUCAUCUUGUCUUUCAACAGCUACCCCGCUGUCUGCGACUUUCUACAACACAAUAACUUAUUAUCGGUCAUUCGAGCCCAUGAAGCACAGGACGCUGGGUAAGUGCCCUCUUUUUGCCCACGGCUAACUGCUACAGCCAUUCACCUUGGACAACUAUGUCGCUCGAGCAUACCCAGGAAACAUUUGAACCUGUGCUUGCAAAGAAAUGGUGUUGAAUUCAACGUUAUUGAGUUUGUACCAUGACACCCUUGGUAGCAAGCAUGUCAAAAUGUUGGAGAAAACGGCUGAUGAGGCAGAGGAUCCGCCUCAAACUGACAGAAGGCGUGUCACCCUGUUACUGCUCAUUCACGCAGACUGUCUGGCCCACUCAAAGAGCAAAAACAGCUUGACGUACUAGUCAGCCUUAGGCACAGCUCUAGGAUCAGAUAACCCUGCCCAAAUCGAUGUCAUUGUUCCUCAGGCCAUCGUGGACUUCAUUUACAUGCAUACGAUAAUAAUGUGUUACAUUCACUGUACAUAAUCUAGCAGACGCUUUUAUCCCGAACAGUUAUGCGUGCUUACAUUUUACAUACAGGUGGUCCUGGGAAUCGAACCCACUAUCCUGGCAUUGCAAGCGCCAUGCUCUACCAACUGAGCUACAGAGGACCACACUGUGCUGCAGAGGACCACAAGUACAGUAUUAGGUAGUGUUCUUGUAAUGGUGAUAUUAAUGAUGAUGCUGUCUCUCCAUCUAGGUACCGCAUGUACAGGAAGAGCCAGACGACAGGGUUUCCUUCUCUCAUCACCAUCUUCUCAGCACCCAACUACCUAGACGUCUACAACAACAAAGGCAAGCACAGA